AUGCUGGGAGUUGGCCUGAAAGGGUCUGCUACCGCUGCCUCUGCACGGCAGCGGGUGGUCGCAACUUAUCGAUCAACUCGAUCGAUAUCGUCGUUCCGGCCGCAGGGUCUGCGUACUUCAGGCCUGCGAAGCCAAUUGACCCCGGCUACCUCGCGCAAUGUGCCAUGGCGAGUGGCUGCCGUGGCUGCAGGGCCAGCCGCUGUUCGAUUUAACUCGACCUCUUCCGACGCCGUGACGGACAAGAUCCCCGAGGGAACCGCGCCUCCAAGCAGCCCUGAUGUUUCUAAUCUGUGGGAGACCGAUAUAACGUCAAUCCCGGAGAGAGUUGGGUACCUCAAGGAAUUGGGCCUGGACUACGGCUGGGGACCGUCGUCAAUAAUGCAAUGGAUGAUCGAGCACAUCCAUCUCUGGACCGGAUUGCCGUGGUGGGCGAGUAUCGUGAGUACCGGUCUCUUAGUGCGUUUAGCACUGUUGAAACCGAUGCUUGAUGCCUCCGACACAGCCGCCAGGGUUCACAACGUGAAGCCUAUCCUCAACCCACUCAAGAAUGAGAUGAUGCGUGCCGGAAGUGAGGGCAGACAGAUGGACAUGCAUAUGAAAAGAGCGGAGAUCAAGCGCAUUCAGGCAGAACAUGGCAUUGUACCGUACAAAUCUUUCAUCCCCAUGCUUCAGAUCCCACUGGCCUAUGGUUGCUUCCGUGUCAUCCGCGGCAUGACCUCCCUGCCGGUGCCCGGCCUGGCCAACGAGUCUGUGGGCUGGCUUACCGACUUAACUGUCAGCGAUCCGACUUUUAUUCUGCCAGCGGCGACCAGCGCUAUGAUGUUUUUGACAUUCAAGCGUGGAGGCGACACCGGUACGAUGGACAUCAUGAGCACUGGACCUGGUAAAGCUAUGAUGUACGGUCUCCCUGGUAUCUCUUUGGUAUUCAUGUCGUUUUUCCCAAGUGCGCUGCAGCUCUACUUUGUGGCAACCGGCGCGUUCGCAUUCUGCCAGGCACGUAUCAUGACCAACAAAACUUUCCGGACGCAUAUGAAGAUGGCGAUUACCAAGAACCAUAAAGCCUCUGACGUCGAAGACAUUGAGGUCCUUCAACAUAGCAAGGGCCUCCAGCUCUUGCAACAGCGGCUUGCACAGGAAAAGGCCCAAGCCGCAGGGCCCACGAAACCCGAAUUGGAGACCAGUGACAAGAAAACCAGUGCAAUCGACGGCUGGGUGAACAACUUCAAGGGUUAUCAACAGAAGAUGGGACAGCAAAUGAAAGACGGGAUUCGCGAGUUUCAAGGAAAGGCGCCUGCUACCAAUGCUGACGGCUCAAAGGCGCCGGCGCCUCGGUUGAGCGAAAAUACCCGCAAGCGGGCUGAGGACUACGAGCGCACUCAGCGAGAACAGGACGACGCCGAGCGCGACCAGCGUAACCUCGAGCGGCAACAAGCUCACCAGAGAUAUCUCGACCAGCAGAAAGAGAAAGCGAAGAAGGGGCUGGACCAGCAGAUCAAACAGGCUGCUGCGAAGAAAUCCAAGCGGAACGGGCGUGGGAAACGCAGCUGA